CACGUACACCCAAACACCAAACAUCAACUCUCUUUCCUCUCUAUAUAAACACUUCUCUCUCCCUCUCUUUCUCUCCCACACACACACACACAAAAUAUACAGCAAUCAGUCUCAUAGGGAAAACAAAACAAGCUUUAAAGAGAGACAUUACGAGGCAACACAAAUCACACAAAAGAUCAGACUGAAGUCAAAGAAGAAGGGUAAAAAAAAUGUUAAUGAAGGUCUCUCUUGUAUUGUCACUGUUAGGGUUUCUGGUGAUCGCAGUCAUGACUCCCUCGGCAAACGCUUUAAGGAAGUCCGUCGUUCUCGGAGGGAAGUCAGAUGUUCCAAAUGUUAAGGCCAACAGGGAAAUUCAACAACUUGGAAGGUACUGCGUGGAGCAGUUCAACCAACGGGAACAGAGCGAGGAAGGAAACGUCGAAUCGAUUGCCAAAACUGAUACAGACAUGUCAAAUCCAUUGAUGUUUAGCCGAGUUGUGUCGGCUCAGAAACAGGUCGUCGCUGGGACCAAAUACUAUCUAAGGAUUGAAGUGACUCAACCCAAUGGAUCCACCAGGAUGUUUGACUCAGUUGUGGUUAUUCAACCAUGGCUUCAUUCUAAGCAGUUGCUCGGUUUCACUCCUGUUGUUAGUCCUAUCUACUAACUUCAUUUCAUAUUCUACUUAAAAGUUAUACCACAAAUUUCCACAAUAUGAUCAAGAAAAGACAAAAAAGCCUAUGGUACGAAACUAUUAACAAUGGUUGAUAGUUUGUUGUAAUGAUGUUGUUAAUAAAUAAAGACAAGAUGUUAAGAAGA